ACGGACAGCGCAGAGUCAGUCGUGCUUUAGCCAUUCACGAGUAACGAUCACAAGUAUUAAAAAAAAAGUAUAAUUAAUUUAUUACCAAUUAUCGCUAGUUUAAACUCAAUCUAUUUAAAAAUGGAAAAAUUGAUCGGACGAAUUUUAUUCUGUGGGGCAAUUCUGAAUCUCAGUUGGUCGAGUGCAAUCAGAGAGGAUAUCGCGGUCGUUCGUAUCUGCAAUGCCAGCGACCCCAUUGACGUCCACACAUUCAAUGACUACAUGAUGCAUCACAAGUUUAAUCACUUGGAAAAUCAGGCUCAGCAUCAACUCGCUUGCUUCUUAUUAUGCGUCUACAGUGAAUAUCACUGGAUGGAUCGUCAUGGCAGCUUCAAAGUUCACAACAUAAAAUCGUGGAUGUUGAGUGCUGAGCUCCCUGAAGUCGACACUGAAAUCAUUUUGCAAAUUUGCACGCAACCUGAAUUCUCAGAUCCGUGCAAUCGAGCCCGCCAGUUCACCGAGUGCUUCUGGUCUACUAAUCAGGGAAUUCCCAGAGCGAGCUACCAUCACACGUUUCAUUCGAUGAUUCGACAGGGAGAUUUAGUAUAGCCCUGGCUAUUGGUGCAGUUCCCCAGCUGUUCCAAUGCCCAUAAUUACUGAUGUGCCAGUUAGUUUGAAUAAUUAAUUGUUACUUCGUCGACGUUUGCUGCACCUGUACAUCCUCCUUAUCUUCUGGAUGUCUCGUCUACUGAACCCCUCGCGUUGCCCCAACAUGAUAUUCGUUCUCCCCUGGAAUACUUCGCCAAUGAGAUCCAAGAGGCCGUUUCCUUCCUGGGAGGAUCGUACAAUCAAGUUGUAAUAUGUUGGAUUAUGAAUCAGAUUACACACACAAUUGUAUUCAAUAAUAAACCUAAAGAGAUUAGAGAGGUACGAUCUUUACCACAAUAAAAAUAUUCAUUUGAUAAAGAAAUCAAA